UGCGAGUUCCCAGUCCAAAGAUCCGGCGGUGCCGUCUUGGUCUCAGCGCUGCCCAUUUAGCAUUUCGCCAUGUCCGAGAAGACACCUCCACUCGACGUCGACGCGCGUCUCUCGUACAUUAGCUCGGCGCGCAUCUUGGCCUCGCAAAAGUUCACGCCCCAAGCAGCCUACCAAGCCGAGGAAGGCACGCUCGCCGAGGGUGGCGCGAUCUCGCUUUGCUCGCGCGAGGCCCUUGGACUCUUCUCUCAAUACGCAGCCAUCGGCACCAUCUACGGCACGAUUCCGACGCUCGCGUACCCGAUCUUCAACAACUACCUCAAGAUGGAGGGGUACCAAGUCGCGUCCUACAACGUGCUCGUGACGCUCGGCUGGUCGUUCAAGGUCUUCUGGGGCAUGUGCACCGACUGCUUUCCCAUCUUCGGCUACCGUCGCAAGUCGUGGAUGCUCCUUGGCUGGCUCGUGGCCAUGACAUCACUGCUCAUCAUGGCGGUCACGCCCCUCGGCGACCCGUACUGCUUUGGGAACCCGAAAGUGUGCGCCCUCGCGUACACCAAUGUGUCGCUUCCCGACCGCGUCUACUUCAACGUCGACGCACCGGCCAACGGCGCCAAGUUUAUCAUCCUCUCGAUGGUCACAAGCGUCGGGUACGUCAUGGCGGCGUGCGCCUCGGACGCGAUGGUUGUGCAGUACGCGCAGCGCGAGCCCGUCGCGAUCCGGGGGCGGAUCCAGACUGCGAUCUAUGUCGUGCGCACGGUUGCCGGUAUCUUUACGUCGCUCAUCACGGCGUUCGGGCUCAACGGGAAGGAGUACGACGGCAGCUUUGACUUUUCCAUGGGCCCCAACGUCAUCUACGGCAUCCUCCUCGUGCCGUGCGUGUUCGUGUGCUUCACAACAAUAUUCGUUGUCCAGGAAGACCCGGCGCCGCGCGUUGAGUUUAAAAUCUGGGUGGCGUCGUUCUGGGAGCUCCUCCAGAAGCGCGUCAUGUGGCAGAUCUGCGCCUUCCGCUUCAUCAACAUGACGUUUCUCGGCAUCGGCGUGACCGCGACGCCCACGAUCCAGCGGGCGUGGGCCAAGGUCCAGCCGCUCAACGACUCGCUCUCGACAAUCAUUGGGCAGCUUCUCUUUGCCGGCAUCCUCGUUGUCGUGGGCAAGUGGGGCCUCGACUGGAACUGGCGCUGGACCAUCGCGCUCGGCACCGUCGCCAUCAUCAUGAUCGACUCGGUCGUUGUCAUGCUAACGAUCUGGGACAUCUUCCGCAACGAGUGGUUCUUCACGGGCGUCGCGCUCUCCGAGCAAAUUCCCGCAGGCAUCCGGUUCAUUGUCUCGACCUACUGCGCGGUCGAGAUCGCCGACGUCGGCAACGAAGGCGCCACGUACGGUCUCGUCACGACGGUCUCGAACCUCGCGUCCCCCUUUGCGAGUCUUAUCUACAAGCUCAUCAACUCGUACUUUGUCGUCGACAACGUGGCGGUCGCACGCGACGACACGGCCGUGCGCUGGGCCGUCACGUACUGCUACCUCAUCUCGUACGCGUUCAAGCUCUCGGCGCUUGGCUGGCUCUUCCUCCUCCCGCCGCAGAAGGCCGAGAUGCAAGCCCUCAAGCGGCUCGGCGGCAAGAGCAAGGCGGCCGGCGCGACGCUCGUCGCUGUCUUUGUCCUCGCACUUGUCUUUUCGGUGACGACAAACCUGCUCUCGAUCUUUCCGUCCACCAAGUGCCUUCGCAUUGCAGGUGGGAAAGGCUGUUAGGACUAGGGUUCUUGCUCAACUAUGUUAUAAACACAAAAGUGUGUGUCUACAGU